AUGCGAGAACGGGAGAUCACGAUGCGAGAACGGGAGAUCACGAUGCGAGAACGGGAGAUCACGAUGCGAGAACGGGAGAUCACGAUGCGAAAACGGGAGAUCGCGAUGCGAGAACGGGAGAUCACGAUGCGAGAACGGGAGAUCACGAUGCGAGAACGGGAGAUCACGAUGCGAGAACGGGAGAUCACGAAGCGAGAACGGGAGAUCACGAUGGAGAGCACGAUGCGAGAAAGGGAGGUAACGAUACGAGAAUGGGAGAUCACGAUGCGAGAAAGGGAGAUCACGAUGUCAGAAAGGGAGAUCACGAUGUCAGAAAGGGAGAUCACGAUGCGAGAACUACGGGAGGUCACGAUACGAGAAUGGGAGAUCACAAUGUUUGAACGCGAGAUCACGAUGCGAAAACGGGAGAUCACGAUGCGAGAACGGCAGAUCACGAUGCGAGAACGGGAGAUCACGAUGCGAGAACGGGAGAUCACGAUGCGAGAAAGGGAGAUCACGAUGCGAGAACGGGAAAUCACGAUGCGAGAACGGGAGAUCACGAAGCGAGAACGGGAGAUCACGAUAUGA